UCGCCACCCCCACCCCUCCUCCCAUCCCCUAACCCUAGCUCCUCCCCUACGUCUCGCUGCCUGGCCUCCUCCCCUCCCGUCGUGCUAGCGCAUCCUCUGCCGCCAUCGUUGCUCGCCCCGGUCCCCGUCCUGCAGCGGUGGCCGAGGAGGACUAGCCGCGCCACGGCCGCACAUCCCGUCCUGCAGCGAUGGUCCACGGGAUCGGCACCGGCACCGGCCUCCUUGCUCCCGCUCGAGUCAUGGAGGGACAACCAGCAGCGGCGGCCCAGGAGAUCGACGACUAGCGAGGCGAGUCGCCUUCGAUUCUGCAGGAGCCCGAUGGCUGUCUCCUCCUCCACAGCCGCACACGAGCGGCCAACCCUGGACUAGGUCGCGACAUGAGAAGCGGACGUCCGAGGCAUGUCCAGCGCCACUGCCCGCUCGAUACGUCCCCCGCCCCAGCUGCCGACCCCCUCCUCCACGGCGGCGCCUUCGUCCCCGGCGAUGCACGGCAGCAGCCCACUACAGGAGGGAGGCAGCAAUGGAUAAGAAGGACGGUGAAGAUAGGGGACAAGAGCUGCUCGCUGCAGCCGCUUGUCGGCGGCCCCAACGGCCUCGUCCCCUGCCAAGAUGAUAAGCCGCGAGAUGGCGGUGCCGCCGAUGGUCAGCCGCAGGACGAGACCAGGGACAAUAGGCCCCUGAUCGACAAUAACACCGUGCAGACGCUGUCCAGCAAGGACAUCGAAGCGAUGAAGCGGGAGGAUGCCAGCGGUGACGCCAUCGUGGAGGCUUUGAUAGCAAAUGGCUCCACAUUUGGAAAUAAGACAGUGUUCUCACAGGAGAAAUACAAGCUGAAGGAACAAAACAAAUAUGCGCCUAAAGUGCUUUUGCGGCGCCCCUCUACCCGAAGGUUUAUGUGAGUUGAUGCGCUCUCCCUCUUGUUGUCUAUGGCAAUUGUUGGUGCAUAUUCAGAUGUGCUUGCCGAUGAUAUGGUUGGGGGUUUAGUUGUUGGAGCUGUAUCUGAACACUUAGGAGGGAUUUGCGCGGUGGAGACAGCUAUCCAUUUGUGCGGUCAUUGGAUUAGUAAACAGAGAGGGGGGAGGGAGGGAGCAAUGGACAAGAAGGCAACAAAGAUGAAGAUGCUCUCGUCGGCAGCGGCUUUUGUGGAGGGUGGCGUGCAGGACACCUUCGACGACGCCUGCAUCAUCUGCCUUGAGAACUUCUGCGACAGCGAGCCCUCCGAUAGCGACCUCUCUCUUGCGGAUGUAAUGGUGAUUGGCGAUGGAAAUCUUUUGAUUUGGUGGUAGACGUGUCGGAAGUUGAAGCUGUUCUGGUUCUUGUUUUGAAUUGUCACAGGUUACAAGCUGCAAGCAUGAUUUCUAUCUCCAGUGCAUCCUUGAGUGUUAUAGAAGGUCAUGACUGACCUGUGAAACACUUGGGCACACCAAAGGUUGGUGAUUCGAAUCAAAGAUUAGUGUAUGCUAUGUUACGUUGUUUCCCUCAUCUGAUUAUUGUUGCUGUCGGGUUAACAUGAAUGCUAAGUUAUAGGCGUCUUGACUAAUUAAUAAAUGAAACCGAAGAGGAUGGGCAGAAAGCAAACUAAUUUUAUGUACGCCCAACAUUGUUUCUUUGGAUGCUUAUAUGAAUGGUUUUAAACUUUUAAUGGAUGAGCUGAUGGCAUAACUUGGUUCUCCUCUUACAGAUAAGCGCAUUCAUGUUCUGAAGCAAUGUCUUCUUGAACGUGUAUAGGAAAUAAGCUCGAUGCAUUUAUUUUAGCACUUAGAUACUCUUUUGCUUACAUGUCUACCGGGAAGAUACAAUGUCCUACAAGUUCGAAUACAGAGCUACCACUAUAAAUUCUACUUGGUUGCAUCUGACCUAAUGUUAUUCAUUUCCUUCUGCUCCAGACAAGACAAGCAGCAGCGGCGACGCCAGACCAGUCACCCCCGCACCUCCAGUUUUCCUUCAGGGCAACUAACCACUGGCAAAUGUUUCUGUCAUUUCUUUCGCUUGUGAUUCCUCUCGUUGGGACCAUGGUUGUUGCCUUUCCCUCUGCCUGUAAAAUCGUACUGCAGAGGCAUCUAACACCCACCAUGAACAUCGGUGUGAGGUCUUCGAUCGAGGCUCCUCUGGACCAGCAUCGUCUGCUAGCGCACGCGUGCCUGCUUAUGUGUAGAUUGACUGAUCUAGCCUCCACCUAAAUUUCCUGCAAUUACGAUUCAGCAAGAGAUCAUAGAUAGUCUAAUUUGUUUUCCCAAAACCUGAGUUCAACGAUGGAGUUAGAUACAGAUUAUCCAUAUGCAUAUUCUGUCCAUAUUACUGUCCUGAACCGAUAGCCUGAUUGUUCCACUUAAUUUAGGUCACUAAUUACAUGCAAAUAGUACUGCACUAUACGUCUAAUUUUUCUGCAAUUGCUUCAUUAGAUAGCCUGAGUGUUCAAAAAAUUGGUCUAUACUUUGUCUUUGUCUUCCCUGAUUUUAAUUAACCCUGUUGAGCUUCUUUAUGACGUAGGCUGAGCCUUGUGUUGGGAGGAUCCCAGGCUGAAUGAUGCUUGAUCUCCUUUUGGAGGAGCUUAUGUUUACCGCAGCCCGUUAUAGUCGAAGGGGCUGUUUAAGUAACACCAUGAGUUCAUUUACUGGUGUUCGAUCCUCCGAUGAGGCAGCGGCGGAAGACUUGCCUUUUUGAAGCCAUCAGGACCAUCGAAAAUGCCACAAGCACAGUGGUCAAAGAUCUGAAUUAUGGACGCUUAAACAAGAUGGAACAAGACUUUGGUUAUCUAAGGCUCAGGCUCAAUGAAGCAUUUGACACAAUAGACAGGGUUGCCAAAGGAUAUUUGUAUGCUAUAAGAUACAUGCCAGCUUUCUUACACCAGCUUAAUAAUGUGAUAGCACAUGCUUUUCCUCCUACUCGUGUUGUGGACAAGUCAACAAAUGAAGCUCUCAAGAAUAUUGAGGUGGUAGCUCAUAAUCUCAGGACAGAAGCAAUAGUCUUGAGAACAAGCUAUAUGUGAGAAGGCAGAGUCAAGCGCGUGAACAUGAGGUAUUUGCACCUGUGGCUUUCUUUGGUCGUGACGUUUAAGAUAAGCGCGUGAACAUGCGUAGCUUGAUUUCGGACUAAAUCCUUUGUAGUUGCGUGGACCAACUUCUAUAUACUAAAUAUGUAUAGCUUGCUUUUGAACUGAACCUGUUGUUUCCUGAACCAAUUGCUAUGUGUUGAAUGUGUAUAUAUC